CUGCUUAGGCAUCAAUGGAGCCUCCAUGUUGUCCAAACCAGUGACCUCCCCUAACACAGUACUGUACGCGGAACUGACGCUAGUUGGCUAGCAAUGUAAACGACCUCAUUUACAGCAUCGAGCGUUUGUGUUACAUCAUUUGUGGGUCGUGUCCCACUUGGUUAACCUCGUCCCAGGGAAGUCAGUGCGUCUAACUUUAUAGCAGUAGUACCUGUAGUUUGACACUAUAAGCUCUCGAACCCGAACAGCUCGACAGCGACAGUGAGUUAGCAUAUUUGUUGUUCUGAGGGGGAUUGUUUCAAAUACUGCGGUUUCAUCGUGCCUUGGUGUCAUCCAAAACAGAAGUAAUGUCCUGUCCAUGUACUUCAGCUGCUAGGUUGUUGCUGAAUACUGCACACAGAGGAUUGUCCUGCUCUCGUAUUCAGUUCUUUUCCCUGAGUCGUCAGAGGUGUUGGGAAAUUCCUUCACCUACACAGGUGAGGGUAAGGUCAUUUUCGGAGACUGCAGUGUGCUUUGCCUCCAAAGAUGGUACCACAAAGGAUGGUGGGAGUGAUGGAGGAAAGAAAAGCGUCAGUGAGGGGAAGAGACACUCCAGCCCUGGAGGGUCAGGAAAGGGGGGAAAUCAUCUUUGCUGCCCUAAAUGUGGAGUUCCAUGCACAAAUGUAGACACCUUUGUAUCAUCACCGCGGUUUGUCAAAUGUGAGAAAUGCCAGUAUUUUUUCGUGGUGGUGUCUGAAACGGACUCAAAGAAGGGACUAAACAAAGAGCCUGAAUCUGCUGCAGAGGCGGUCAAACUGGCUUUUACGCAGAAACCUCCCCCACCCCCAAAGAAGAUAUUUGCUUACUUGGACAAGUUUGUUGUUGGCCAGUCCUAUGCAAAAAAGGUGUUAGCAGUUGCAGUAUACAAUCACUAUAAGAGAAUCUACAACAACAUUCCUACUGGGAAUCGGCAGCAGGUGGAGAUAGAAAAACAGCCCUCCCUUACUCCCCGGGAGAUAGAGGUGAAAAGAAGAGAGGAUGAAUACAGAUUCACAAAGUUGCUGCAGAUUGCAGGGAUCAGUCCUCAUGGAAACGCUCUGGGUGUGUCCAUGCAGCAACAGGCUAGCCAGCAGGCACCUCAGGAGAAGAGGGGUGGAGAGGUCCUUGACUCCAACAACACUGACAUUAAACUUGAGAAGAGCAACAUAAUUCUUCUUGGCCCAACAGGCUCAGGAAAAACACUGUUGGCACAGACACUGGCACGUUGCCUAGACGUUCCCUUCGCAAUCUGUGACUGCACCACAUUAACUCAAGCUGGGUAUGUAGGAGAAGACAUUGAGUCGGUCAUUGCUAAAUUGCUCCAGGAUGCCAACUACUCAGUGGAAAAAGCCCAGCAAGGUAUUGUGUUUCUGGAUGAGGUUGAUAAGAUUGGCAGUGUUCCUGGAAUUCAUCAGCUGAGAGAUGUGGGAGGAGAAGGAGUCCAGCAGGGUUUGCUCAAACUGUUGGAGGGAACAAUAGUUAACGUUCCUGAGAAGAACUCCAGGAAGUUGAGGGGAGAAACUGUGCAGGUUGACACAACAAACAUCUUGUUCGUUGCAUCGGGUGCUUUUAAUGGACUUGACAGAAUCAUCAGCAGAAGAAAGAAUGAAAAGUAUUUGGGAUUUGGAACUCCUUUGAACCAGGGCAAAGGUCGCCGUGCCGCGGCAGCAGCAGACUUGGCUAACACCAGCGGAGAGACAGACGCAGUGGCAGAGAUUGAGGAGAAAGACAGACUUCUGAAGCACGUCGAGGCUCGGGACCUGAUCGAGUUUGGAAUGAUCCCAGAGUUUGUAGGCCGUCUCCCUGUUGUUGUUCCUCUGCACAGUCUGGAUGAACCAACGCUGGUCCGCAUCCUCACCGAACCACGCAACGCUGUGGUUCCUCAGUACCAGGCUCUGUUCAGUAUGGACAAAUGUGAUCUCAAUGUGACUCAGGAUGCUUUAAGAGCCAUAGCCAGAAUGGCCCUGGAGAGGAAAACUGGAGCUCGUGGACUUCGGUCCAUCAUGGAAAAGCUCCUCCUGGACCCCAUGUUUGAGGUGCCACACUCCGACAUCAUAGUUGUGGAGCUGAACAAAGAUGUUGUUCAAGGAAAUUCCCAACCUCGAUACAUCAGGGCCCCACCCAGACAGACAGCCGAGGAGGAAUACGACUCAGGCAUUGAGGAAGAUAACUGGCCUCGACAGGCAGAUGCUGCUAACAACUGAACCACACGUCACUCAUUUCAGCUAAAGCCAGAGCUCCCUAAAUCAUGAGAAUAAUCUGAAUCCUUGGGAACCAGCUGUGGGUUUUCUGAAGCUGUGUUGGUGUUCAGAUGCAAUGAAGGUUGCUGGUUCUCUUAGGAUUUCUUUCAUCACGAACAAGUUCUAACUAUGUACCAACGUUUGGUCCUGUGCACCAGUGUUAAGUCUCUUGUAGUGCACACUAAUGGUGGACCUUGAUAAACUAUUUCAAUCUCUGGGGAUUGUUACCAUUUUAUCUAUAUAAAGAUAAUGAUAUUUUAUUCAUGAAAUGAUGUGUAGCUAUUUUUUUCUUCAUGUGGUGAUGGACUGGAAUGACAAACACAGCAAAUGACAAAAAGGAACAAUGGGAUCACAUUAAUGUACACAAAAAAUGGGCUACUUAGAAAGUGUAGAUGUGAUUUUACCAUGUCGAUGAUGCCUUAUGUCAGUGAGGGCAUACUAUUCCACAAGCACAUCAAUAUUUUGAUGUUUUCAUCUUUUACCACCAUUGUAAUAAUGGUGCUAACAGUAAAAGUCAGCUGUAAAUGUGAAGCUAACCUGCUUGAGUAGCCUUUUUAAGCAGUUUGUAUGAGAUGACCUCAAAAUAGGGGAACUUUGUUUUUGAAGUGCAAUGCACCAGCACACAGCAGAUACCCGAAUAAUGAUUUUUUUUUUAACAGCCUGAAUGGUUACUUUUCAGCAAUUUUUACUUCUCCCCCCCUUUAGUGAAUAUACAGUUGAAAAAAAAAAGAUGACCCUCAAUAAAAGCCUAACUUGUUGAACAUAUUUCUCAGUUGCUUUCAGAUGGAGCAAGGUUUUUCUUUACUGUCUUUCUGAACAUACUAGACUAAUUUAUUUUUAACUUUGCAGACAGAGAGUCAAUAAUGUUUUACCAAACUCAUAAGAAUGGUCAGGAUUAUUACCUUUAUACUUUCUUGUUUGUGUUUUAAAAAAAUACCAGGAAAGCCUUCUGGAGUUUCCUGCUCAAUUCUGCUUUAGUACAUCUUUAAAGCUCAUCCAUGCCUCGACCAGGGCUAUAUAUUCACUCCUGAGAAAUGAAAGUCGGGGGCAGUUUGAAACAUCCAGCUUGUCCAUCUGGAGGUGGUUCUGCACCACUUGUGAUCUGUUGGGUUUUUUUGUUGCAUUGAAAGCCCAUACAGUGACCAAGACCCAGAUCUGCUCCAGACUUCCUGGUG